AUGACUGACGUGGAUGAAGUCAUAUUUGUUCACGAUAAAGCACCGUGUAUGAAAGCAAAUAUGACUCAACAAUUGAUAAAAGACAACAAUAUCAAGUUUUGGGGUGACAAUAUUUGGCCCGGAAAUUCACCUGAUCCAAACGUAGCUGAACACAUUAGAACAAUAAUCAAAGAUGAAGUUGAGAAAAGAAUGCUGUCAGAGACUGGAAGUGAUCGGUAUAGCGAAGAAACAUUGAAAAAUCAUAUCAUCGAUGUUUUGCAAAAC